AGUAACUGUCUGUCUGCCCGGCAUGCCCGCGCGCCAACCUGAAGCCCGGCGCGUGCGCUCGUUCCACUGCAGCUGACGUCACAUCCAGUAUGGCGGUCAAGGUCCAAACCACGAGAAGGGGAGACCCCAAUGACUUGAAGACUAUAUUUCUGAAGUAUGCCAGCGUUGUGAGUGAUGGAGAGCAUUACAUGACCCCCCGGGACUUUGUCCAGAGCUACUUGGGUCUACAUUCACAGCCACAGCACAACCCCAAAACUGUAGAGCUGAUAGCUGGAGUGGCCGACACCACCAAAGAUGGACUGAUAUCUUUCCAGGAGUUUCUGGCUUUUGAAUCGGUGCUAUGUGCCCCUGAUGCCCUCUUUAUUGUGGCCUUUCAGUUGUUUGAUAAGACCGGCACAGGGAACAUCUCAUUUGAGAAUGUUCGGGACAUCUUCAGCCAAACCACAGUUCAUCACCACAUACCCUUCAACUGGAACUGUGACUUCAUCAGACUACACUUUGGCCAUGAAAGAAACAAGAACCUCAGCUAUGCAGAGUUUACUCAGUUCCUGCAGGAGCUGCAGCUGGAGCACGCCCGCCAGGCUUUUGCACUAAAAGACAAGAAUAAAAGUGGCACCAUCACUGCCUUGGACUUCAGCGACAUCAUGGCCACCAUCAGGCAGCACAUGUUGACUCCCUUUGUGCAGGAGAACCUGGUGUCUGCUGCAGGAGGCAGCACCUCCCACAUGGUGAGCUUCUCCUACUUCAAUGCCUUCAACGCUCUCCUCAACAACAUGGAGAUGAUCCGAAAGAUCUACAGCACCCUGACCGGCACGCACAAAGACACUAUGGUCACCAAAGAGGAGUUUGUUCACGCUGCAAAUAAGUUUGGCCAAAUCACUCCCAUGGAGAUCGACAUCCUGUUCCAGCUAGCCGGACUUCACUCUCACUCCGGGCGUCUGAACCAUGCAGACAUUGAGAGGAUCGCUCCGCUGGAGGAAGGAGCCAUGCCGUACCAUCUAGCAGAAACCCAGAGACAGCACGCUCCCGAAGCGUCUCGGCCCGUCUGGCUCCAGGCUGCAGAGUCCGCCUACAGAUUUACUCUGGGCUCAAUCGCUGGAGCCACCGGCGCCACAGCCGUGUACCCCAUCGACCUGGUGAAGACCCGCAUGCAGAACCAGCGCUCCACGGGCUCCUUCGUGGGGGAGCUGAUGUACAAGAACAGCUUCGACUGUGCGAAGAAGGUGCUGCGCUACGAGGGCUUCUUCGGGUUUUAUAGAGGUCUCCUCCCGCAGCUCAUCGGCGUUGCUCCAGAGAAAGCUAUCAAACUGACGAUGAACGAUUUUGUCAGAGACAAGUUCACAACACAAGAUGGUACCAUUCCACUCCCCGCUGAGAUUCUGGCUGGAGGAUGUGCUGGAGCUUCCCAGGUGAUUUUCACCAAUCCUCUGGAGAUCGUUAAGAUCCGACUGCAGGUGGCUGGAGAGAUCACCACGGGCCCCAGGGUCAGCGCCCUGACUGUGGUGAGAGACCUGGGCUUCCUCGGCCUCUACAAGGGAGCCAAGGCUUGCUUCCUGCGUGACAUCCCCUUCUCCGCCAUCUACUUUCCUGUUUAUGCCCACACCAAGGAGAAGCUGGCAGACGAAGACGGAAGGCUGGGAGCGCUGCAGCUGCUCACUGCCGGCGCCAUCGCAGGCAUACCAGCUGCUUCGCUGGUGACCCCUGCUGAUGUCAUCAAGACCAGGCUCCAGGUGGCGGCCCGAGCCGGCCAGACGACAUACAGCGGAGUCAUCGACUGCUUCAGGAAGAUUCUUCAGGAGGAGGGCUUCAGAGCGUUUUGGAAGGGCGCAGGAGCUCGCGUCUUCAGAUCGUCACCGCAGUUUGGCGUGACCUUGGUGACCUACGAGCUGCUGCAGAGAUGGUUCUACGUCGACUUUGGCGGACACCGUCCUGCUGGAUCCGAGCCGACCCCCAAACCCGUGAUGGAGGACUUUCCCUCUGUGACUGCAGACCACGUGGGCGGAUACAGAUUAGCUGCUGCAACUUUUGCAGGUGUGGAGAGGAAGUUCGGGCUGCACCUCCCCAAGUUCAAGCCUCUUGGCGAGGCGGCGUCCAGCCAAAACUGAACCUCAGGCCUUGUGGAGAUCAGUUAAGGGCUGCAUGUCCCUCCACUCUGCAUCUCAGUUAUUUAGCAACUCUUAAUCUAAUGCUGCAUGAUUGUUUUAUUUGCAUCGCUUGCACAAUUUUACAGUACAUAUUGUACUUCUGAA